CAAGGUGAGGUUCUGUUUGCUGGUGCUCCCUCUAACCUGCUUCCAUCCCCUCCUAAGGUGUUCUUCGACCUGCGGAUUGGCGAGGAGGAUGUGGGGCGUGUCGUCAUCGGGCUCUUUGGCAAGACGGUGCCCAAGACGGUGGAGAACUUUGUGGCGUUGGCCACUGGAGAGAAAGGAUUUGGUUUCAAGGGCAGCAAGUUCCACCGUGUGAUCAAGGACUUCAUGAUCCAGGGAGGAGACUUCACCCGUGGAGAUGGCACUGGAGGUAAAAGUAUCUAUGGGGAUCGCUUCCCCGAUGAGAACUUCAAGCUGAAGCAUUAUGGCCCUGGCUGGGUGAGCAUGGCCAACGCUGGCAAGGACACCAAUGGCUCCCAGUUCUUCAUCACCACGGUGAAGACGCCGUGGCUGGACGGCAAGCACGUGGUGUUCGGCAAAGUGCUGGAGGGCAUGGACGUGGUGAGGAAGGUGGAGAACACCAAGACGGACAGCCGGGACAAGCCCCUGAAGGAUGUCGCCAUUGCCGACUGUGGGACCAUUGAGGUGGAGAAGCCGUUUGCCAUUGCCAAAGAGUAA